CCAUUGCCAGCAAUAUCUUCUUUCCUUCUUCUUCUCCAACAUUAGCGUCCCUCUCCAUUCUAUCUUUCUCAUUCUCUUUUUUGGAUUUCUCUCUCUUCAAUUCUCUAUCCCUCAGUCAAACAUCAAAAUCCCUCUUUUUUCUAGCCUAGAUAAAGCUGACAAACCAAAAGCACCCGACCACCUUCACCGUCAGAGUCACGCUCGUUCUAUAGACUUCUCCCACCCAGUGGCCCAUGCCUUGGGAGGCUCUAGCUCCAAAUUUGUUCCUAGAUUCAUAGCGCUUUAGAUUCGAAGUUUAUUGGAGGAGAGAAUUGUAACCAGAGAAGAAGAGUAAAAUUGCUAGAGAAAGAGACGAAGGGAAGAGAUGUUCGGGGAAGAAGAUGGAGGAGAGAGAAAGAUAAAGAUAUUUUUGGAUUGAAGUUGGUUAUUAAGUGGAAUCUGAAUGGAGGACUACAUCACAUUUUUUGAAGACGAGCAAUUCUUUUCUAAACUUUUUUCCUAAUCUCCGCGGUAAAGGAUGGAUGACAAUACACGCCAAGAUGCAUCUCGCUCGGCCUGACGUACGUGCCGGCCUAAGCAUUAUUUAACGAAUUUACAUAUACAACCACAAAAACUAGAUUCUUUUUUAUUCUAUUUGGUAUCAAUUCUAUAUAAACUGUGUUCCUCCAUAGCCUACUUUCAAGAAAAUCCAAUCUGAACUACAAACUGCAGAUGGAACCGGCCAAGCCCCAUGCCGUUUGCAUACCUGUCCCGGCACAAGGCCACAUAAACCCCAUGCUAAAACUCGCAAAACUCCUCCAUUUCAAAGGUUUCCACAUCACUUUUGUCCACACAGACUUCAACUACAACCGCUGCCUGCUUAGCUCUAGAGGACCAGAUUCUCUCAAGGGCUCAACCAGUUUUCGGUUCGAGACGAUCUCUGAUGGCUUGCCCUCCACAAAUCAGAGGGGCAUCCAGGAUCUCCCUGCCUUGUGCUUGAAAUUACCGGUUGCUGGGUUGCGUUCCUUUCGAGACCUCAUAAGAAGACUCAAUGAUUCGGCUGAUGUCCCUCCGGUGACUUGCAUCGUUUCCGACGGUGUCCUGAGCUUCACCUUGGAAGUUGCGGAGGAGUUUGGUAUCUCCGAGAUGGUUUUGUUUACACCUAGUGCUUGCGGCAUGUUGGGUUAUGUUCACUUUGAAGAGCUAAAGGACAGAGGAUAUUUUCCAUUGAAAGAUGAAAGUUGCUUAACCAAUGGAUAUCUAGACACUGUGAUCGACUGGAUACCAGCAAUGAAAGGAAUCCGACUUAAAGACCUCCCUACCUUCCUCCGAACCACAAAUCCAGACGACAUAAUGUUCAAUUACAACUUACAAUCUGUCAACAAUUCCGUGAAAGCCAAGGCCGUAAUCCUCAACACAUUUGAUGAUUUAGAGGAGGAGUUCCUCGAUGCCAUCAAAACCAAGUUCCCCAAUCUCUACACCAUCGGCCCCUUACACCUGCUUCACCGACAACUCUGCCCUGAAACGUCCCUGAACUCCAUCGAAUCAAGCCUAUGGAAAGAAGAUCACAACUGCUUAGAUUGGCUUGAUAAAAGAGAACCAAAAUCAGUUCUUUAUGCGAAUUAUGGAAGUUUGAUAACGGUGACCCAAGAACAGUUGAGGGAAUUUGCUUGGGGACUUGCCGACAGCAACUACCCUUUUCUUUGGGUCAUCAGGGCUGAUGCUGUCGAAGGUGGAGAGGAGAUUUUGUCAAAGGAAUUCAUGGAGGCAAUAAAGGGCAGAGGAUUGCUGGUGGGCUGGUGUCCACAGGAGAAAGUUCUAAUCCAUCCAGCAGUGGGAGGAUUCUUAACACAUUGUGGAUGGAAUUCCACAUUGGAAAGCAUUAGUGAAGGCGUGCCAUUGAUUUGUUGGCCCUUUUUCGCUGAGCAACAAACGAACUGUCUAUUUUCAUGUACAAAGUGGGGGAUUGGGAUGGAAAUUGAUUGUGAUAUCAAAAGAGGUAUAAUUGAGGCAUUGGUGAAGGAGGUGAUGGAGGGAGAGAAAGGGAAAGGGAUGAGGGAGAUGAGUCAGGUUUGGAAGAAAAAGGCUGAAGCUGCGACUAGUCCUGGUGGGUCUUCGUUCAGGAACUUUGAUCGGUUGAUAAAGGAGUUAGAACAGAGGCCAAUUUGUUAAGGGGAAAAAUUAGUAAUAAGAGAGAAGAAUAAAAAAGUGCAAACUUAAUCUGGAUGUGAGCUGAGAAUUCUGCUCAACUGUCUUGUUUCUUAUCUUAGCAGUGUAUCAAUAUGUUAUUGAAAAACAUUUUAAAGAAACUGGGUGAAAGAUAUAUAGCUCCAUAAUAAUCAGUGAGGUUACAA